CAUGUCAAGACAAGCCUGAUGGCAGCUACACUUGUUUCUGUGAUCCUGGAUACUCUAUGCUUGAAGACAAUACAUGUAUUGACACAGACGAGUGUGUGUCCUCCAAUGGUGGCUGUAAACGUAAAUGUGUGAACACUGUCGGAAGCUAUUACUGCGAUUGUGGGCCUGGGUAUAUGUUAGACCCUGCCACCCCUGGAGAUUGUAUACAAAUUGACCAAUGCCAACUAGAGCCAGAGUGUCAACAGGCCGACCAAUGUAGCAACCAGCCAGGUCACAACUAUACUUGUAAUUGUAGGGAUGGUUUUGUAUUGGAUGAAAAUGCAAGAAC